AUCCAUCUCAACCAUAAACCAAUAGCAUUCCAAACACAAGCAUCAAUGCCUCGUACCAACACCAUUACUAUGACAAAACUAGAACCAACACUCUUUUUACUACUACUUUUCAUGUUGUCAUGCCUAAUAACAGUGAACAAUGCACACUCAACAACAAUCAUCAACGUGUGGCCAAAACCAAGAAACCUCACGUGGGCCCCACCAUACCAAGCCACCCUCAUUGCCUCCACAUUCACCAUCAUCACCACCACAACUCCCCACCACAACAAACACCUCUCCGCCGCCAUCAUCCGCUACCAAAACCUCGUAAAAUCCGAGCACCACCACCCACUUGUCCCCCCAGGGGUGAACAUCUCCACAAACCUCCCACCACUGAAUUCCCUCACCCUCACUGUCCUUGAUCCCGGUGCAGGACUCGUCCACGACGUGGACGAGUCCUACACCCUCUCCAUCCCCCCUUCUUCCUCCUCAGCCACCCUCACUGCAAAGACCACGUGGGGAGCCAUGCGAGGCCUGGAGACGUUCUCCCAGCUCGCAUGGGGCAACCCCACGUGCGUUGCAGUGGGGGUCCACUUGUGGGAUUCCCCGCUCUACGCCCACCGUGGCAUCAUGCUUGACACUUCAAGGAACUAUUUUCCAGUGAAGGACUUGUUGAGGACAGUGGAAGCCAUGAGCAUGAACAAGCUCAACGUGUUCCACUGGCACGUCACGGACUCGCAGUCUUUCCCAUUGGUCCUUCCUUCGGAGCCUGCUUUGGCUGAAAAGGGUGCUUAUGCCUCUCACAUGGUGUACUCACCAGAGGAUGUGAAAAGGGUUGUGGAGUUUGGUCUUGAUCAUGGGGUUCGUGUUAUGCCUGAGAUUGACUCACCUGGGCACACUGGAUCUUGGGCUUUAGCCUACCCUGAAAUUGUAGCUUGUGCCAACAUGUUCUGGUGGCCAGCAGAAGGUGACAUUCUUGCUGCAGAACCAGGAACAGGUCAUUUGAACCCUCUAAACCCCAAGACUUACCAAGUCCUAAAGAACGUAAUUCGUGACAUGACAACGUUGUUUCCAGAACCAUUUUACCACUCAGGUGCUGAUGAGAUUGUACCAGGUUGCUGGAAAACUGAUCCCACAAUUCAGAAGUAUCUGUCAAAUGGUGGAACUCUCAGCCAAGUUCUUGAGAAGUUCAUCAACAACACUCUCCCUUUCAUAGUGUCCCUCAACCGAACCGUCGUCUAUUGGGAAGAUGUUUUGCUAAGUGAAACAGUCCAUGUGCCAUCCACAAUUCUUCCCAAGGAGCAUGUGGUUUUGCAGACAUGGAACAAUGGACACAACAACACCAAAAGGAUUGUUUCCUCGGGGUAUCGCACCAUUGUGUCGUCAUCAGACUUCUACUAUCUGGAUUGUGGCCAUGGUGACUUUGUAGGGAAUAAUAGUAUCUAUGAUCAGCAAAAUGGGGAUAACAAAGACAACGGUGGCUCUUGGUGUGGACCUUUCAAGACAUGGCAAACCAUAUACAAUUAUGACAUAGCAUAUGGGUUGAGUGAGGAAGAAGCAAAGUUGGUUUUGGGUGGGGAAGUGGCACUUUGGACAGAACAAGCUGAUUCUACUGUUUUGGAUGGAAGAAUUUGGCCAAGAACUUCUGCGUUGGCUGAGUCAUUAUGGUCAGGAAAUAGGGAUGAAAAGGGUAUGAAGAGAUAUGCAGAGGCCACAGAUAGAUUGAAUGAAUGGAGAAGCAGAAUGGUAAGUAGAGGAAUAGGUGCUGAGCCUAUUCAGCCACUUUGGUGUGUUAGAAACCCUGGCAUGUGCAACACAGUUCAAUAAGUGUAGUUGCAUUCUUCCUUUUUCAUGAAAAUGACGAAGAAGAAAAAAAGAAGCUAUUCAAGCAAAUAUUUUCUUACUUUUAAUUUGGUUUAUAGUGUCCAAUUCAUGUGUAGGGCUGGCUCCUGAAAGCCUAUUGUUUUGUGAUGAGUGAUUGUAGUUGUCAAAGAAUACUGGUUUUUACAUCAAUUUAAACAAUUCUUGAUUUCAAUUGAUGUUGCAACUUAAGGUGUUGUCUAAUA